AUGGCUCCUCCCCUAGUUACAUUGCUUUCGGCAGAACCUGAGAUACAAUAUAUGUUGCACUUCGUGGCAUUAACCUCAUUGUCCAAAACAGACUACUUAUUAUUGCCCAUGAAAUCAAGGCUGUACCUGUACGCCUGUGAAGAUGCAGAAGUUGGAGACCAUGAUAAAACUUGCUUCGGACAGAAACAUAGAGAUCAGCUUCUUCUGGAGUUCAAAGACUAUGCCACGGAAGUAGAUGUUGAUUUUGUUCGCCAAGGCUGUUCGUACGAGUCCAUAAUUGCAACACUAUGCGAGAGUGUAGACACAUUGGAUGAACCAGAAGCUAAGGCAUUUAUGAUUUGGAUCAUUGGUGAUAUGCAAAAGGAGUCAACACUCGACUUUCUUGCCGCUUCAAACAUGUUCUUCACGGAAGCCAAGAAGUGCUCGGUUGGUCAACCCGGUGUCAAUAUGUGCAGUCAAGACUCCAACCCCUGA